CACCCCUUUAUGCUUUGACAUCAGCUGUUCUGCCUACGGAGCAGUGGCGUCCUGCUUGAGGAGACAGAAAGGCGCACAUCCGUGAUAUUAUGUUGCUGCUAAUAAUCGCCGCGGGUCUCGGAGUGGGGACGGUACUGGUGAUUUUAUUUGCACCUCACAUAAGGAAAUAUGCAGCAGGAGGAGUGUGCAUGUCCUCAGCUAGUCUGGAGGGGAAGACAGUCCUCAUCACAGGGGCCAAUACAGGGAUCGGGAAGGAGACUGCCCUGGACCUGGCAGUGCGAGGGGCUCGGGUGAUCAUGGCAUGCAGAGACGUGGACAAAGGAGAAGAGGCGGCGGCCAGUAUACGAGCUGCGUACUCUAACGCACAAGUAGAGGUUCGAGAGCUUGACUUGGCGGACACCUGCUCUAUACGAGCCUUCGCACAGAAGUUCCUGAGAGAGGUUAACCAUCUUCAUAUCCUCAUCAACAACGCUGGGGUGAUGAUGUGCCCGUACACAAAAACAAUUGAUGGCUUUGAGAUGCACAUUGGAGUCAAUCACUUGGGGCACUUCCUGUUGACGUCCCUCCUGAUCGGGCUGCUGAAGCGCAGUGCGCCGGCCCGGAUCGUGGUGGUCUCAUCUCUUGCUCACAACUUCGGCUGGAUCCGUUUCCAUGAUCUUCACAGCCAGGGAAGCUACAACAGCGGAUUAGCGUACUGCCAAAGCAAACUGGCAAAUGUGCUCUUUGCCAGAGAGUUGGCGCGUAGACUCAAAGAUACCAACGUGACAGUGAAUUCAGUCCACCCAGGAACAGUGAACUCUGAUCUGACCAGACAUUCGACCCUCAUGACAAUAUUUUUCACCGUCUUCUCCAUGUUCUUAAAAACACCUCGGGAAGGAGCACAAACCAGCAUCUACUGUGCUGUGGCAGAAGAACUGCACUCAAUCUCUGGGAAACACUUCAGCGACUGCGCCCCUGCCUUUGUAGCCCCACAGGGAAGAAGUGAGGAGACAGCGAGGAGACUGUGGGACAUCAGCUGUGAACAUCUCGGUAUCGAAUGGGACUGAUUCAACUUUUAACCACCAUCUAUCUCAGUUCUCAAAAGGAGUCCUUAUUCUUUCUUUAUCAUUCAUUUCAUUAUGGUUUCAAUGUUCUGUACUUUGAGUGUUUCUUACCUAAUAAGCAGUCAGGUAAUACUGUAAGAGGUACUCUCAUGUGAAGUUGCUUUUUUGUGUAAUAAUGCAGUAAUUACAUUUUAAUAACUUGAGUAUUUUGGUGCUCAACGACAGCUGCUCAAACCAAAACCACUCGACUGUAUUAUCAUGUAAACACAAAUAACUUUUUGACUCUAUAUUUUUGUGACACAAUGUGAAUACAGUGUAGGCAAAAAAGCAACUUGAUGUAUUGUAACGCUGUAGGAUACUGUGAAGGGUCAAGCCAGGGUAAAUGACCAGCAUCUUUAUCUAAUAUUGUCUUUUUCUUUUUUAUUCCUGCAGAAUUUGCAGCUAAAUUGCUUGACUUUUGUGCCAGCAUUUAUAAACAAUUGCAGGGGUUCUUACAGUGUUUCCAGGUUGAUAAAACAAUUAGUAACCUAUCUAAGAUCAGCGUCAGUCUGAGCCACGAUUACCGCUUGAAUUGCAUAAAUGUAUUUUGUGAUAAUUGUAGUCAGUGUAGGUUAUUAUAAGGAGGUUUUUCUAUAUUACCCGAGUCAGACUUAGAAUCAUGUCGUUGCAAUACCUGCAGAGAACUUUUUGCCAUUUGCAUUGCCAAAAACUGCACAUUCCUGGAGGAACUACAGUUUUACAUUUAUAAGGAUCUCCUGAGUCAUGUUUCCUUUUCAGCAUUCACAGACAAGGUUGCCAAGAGUUUACAUUCUGUGUUUUAUACAAGUGAAACAUGCCUUUUACUACACUUAUAUUCAUGUUAAGAGUUGAAUGUUUACAUAUGAUGUAAAUAAACGGAGAUAUUACUAUAA